CUCACGGUGUACCUGGGCAAGAGGGACUUCGUGGACCACAUCGACGUGGUGGACCCCGUGGACGGAGUGGUGCUGGUGGAUCCCGAGUACCUGAAGGAGAGGAAAGUAUUUGUGACGCUGACGUGCGCGUUCCGCUACGGCCGUGAGGACCUGGAUGUGCUGGGGCUGACGUUCCGCAAGGACCUGUUCGUGGCCAACGUGCAGGCGUUCCCCCCGGUGCCCGAGGACAGGAAGCCCCUCACCCGCCUGCAGGAGCGCCUCAUCAAGAAGCUGGGCGAGCACGCCUACCCCUUCACCUUCGAGAUCCCCCCCAACCUGCCCUGCUCUGUCACGCUGCAACCCGGCCCCGAGGACACGGGGAAGGCCUGCGGUGUGGACUAUGAGGUCAAAGCUUUCUGCGCGGAGAACCUGGAGGAGAAAAUCCACAAGAGGAACUCUGUUCGCUUGGUCAUCCGCAAAGUGCAGUAUGCCCCGGAGCGCCCCGGCCCCCAGCCCAUGGCGGAGACCACCCGGCAGUUCCUCAUGUCGGACAAACCGCUGCACCUGGAGGCGUCUCUGGACAAGGAGAUCUACUACCACGGGGAGCCCAUCAGCGUCAACGUCCACGUCACCAACAACACCAACAAGACAGUGAAGAAGAUCAAAAUCUCAGUGCGCCAGUACGCCGACAUCUGCCUCUUCAACACCGCCCAGUACAAGUGUCCCGUGGCCGUGGAGGACGCCGACGACAUGGUGGCUCCGAGCUCGACGUUCUGCAAGGUCUACACCCUGACCCCCUUCCUCGCCAACAACCGGGAGAAGCGCGGGCUGGCGCUGGACGGCAAGCUGAAGCAUGAGGACACCAACCUGGCCUCCAGCACGCUGCUGAGGGAUGGAGCCAACAAGGAGAUCCUGGGCAUCAUCGUGUCCUACAAGGUGAAGGUGAAGCUGGUGGUGUCGCGAGGAGGCCUGCUGGGAGACCUCGCCUCCAGUGACGUGGCGGUGGAGCUGCCCUUCACCCUGAUGCACCCCAAACCCCGGGAGGAGCCGGCGCACCGGGACGUGACGACGACAUCGUGUUCGAGGACUUCGCCCGGCAGCGGCUGAAGGGGAUGAAGGACGACAAGGAGGAUGAGGAGGAGCGGACCAACUCCCCGCAGCUCAACGACAGAUAAGCCGACCCCGGAGCCGCCCGCCCCGCUCUCACCCGUGCGUUAGAGGCUUCUUCUCUAUUUUAUUUUAUUAUUAUUUUUUUUUUGUAUGACGAUGAUUCGUUUCGUUUUCUACCUGUACCGGAUCACCCCCCCCGAUCGUGACAGCAGCAAUUAGACCCUUCCAGCUGUG